AUGGUAUCUUUCCGCCCCCUUUCUCGUUCAGUAUCACUCGCCUCGCGAGCUACCCUCGUCUCUUCAACCCCUUCUAUUGCUUCCCGUCAAUUCUCCUCGCGCGCAGCUGGCCUGGCCAACUCCUCCAAGCUGGGCUCCUUCACCAAGCCACGCCUCAUGCCGUCAUCAAUCCGCACGCUGACAACCGCCCGCGAAAAGGUCAAAGUUCUCCUCGUCCUCUACGACGGUGGCAAGCACGCCCAGGAAGUCCCUGCCCUUCUCGGAACGACUGAGAAUGAGCUCGGCAUCCGCAAGUGGCUCGAGGACCAGGGCCACACUCUGGUCACCACCUCCGACAAGGAGGGCGAAAACUCCAAGUUCGACCAGGAGCUGGUCGACGCCGAAGUCAUCAUCACCACCCCCUUCCACCCCGGUUACCUGACCGCUGAGCGUCUGGCCAAGGCCAAGAACCUCAAGAUUGCCAUCACCGCUGGUAUCGGCUCCGACCACGUCGACCUCGUCGCCGCCAACAAGACCAACGGCGGCAUCACCGUCGCCGAGGUCACCGGCUCCAACGUCGUCUCCGUCGCCGAGCACGUCGUCAUGACCAUCCUCGUCCUCCUCCGCAACUUCGUGCCCGCCCACGAGCAGGUCGCCAGCGGCAAGUGGGACGUCGCCGCCGUCGCCAAGCAGGAGUACGACCUCGAGGGCAAGGUUGUUGGUACUGUCGCCGUCGGCCGUAUCGGUGAGCGUGUCCUGCGCCGCCUCAAGCCCUUUGGCUGCAAGGAGCUGCUGUACUUUGACUACCAGGGCCUCAAGCCCGAGGUCGAGGCCGAGAUUGGCUGCCGCCGCGUCGACACCCUCGAGGAGAUGCUCGCCCAGUGCGACGUCGUCACCAUCAACUGCCCGCUGCACGAGAAGACAAAGGGUCUCUUCAACAAGGAGCUCAUCAGCAAGAUGAAGAAGGGCUCCUACCUCGUCAACACCGCCCGUGGCGCCAUCGUCGUCAAGGAGGAUGUUGCUGAGGCUCUCCGCACCGGCCACCUCGCCGGCUACGGUGGUGAUGUCUGGUUCCCCCAGCCCGCCCCCGGCGACCACCCUCUCCGCACCGCCGUCAACCCCUUCGGCUUCGGCAACGCCAUGACCCCCCACAUGUCCGGAACUUCUCUGGAUGCCCAGAAGCGAUAUGCUGAUGGCACCAAGGCUAUCCUCGAGAGCUACCUCACGGGCAAGCACGACUACCGCCCUGAGGAUCUGAUUGUCUACAACGGUGACUGGGCUACCCGCUCUUACGGUCAGCGUGACAAGAUCAACACCGUCAAGCAGUAG